AGCAACCGCACCGGCGAACUGGGACCGCGGGACCGACUUUUCGCCGCGAAGAUGGCGUCCUUAACGGUGCAGAUGGAGGCAUACGCCUUCCGCGAACUCGUGGCACAUCUGCAAUGGCGAAAGGAUGUGCAGAACAUCGAUUUAAUGAACCUGGCCGGAUUUUGCCGGAACUGCAUGGCAAAGUGGUAUCAUGCAGGUGCGAAGGUUCAUGGAGUGCCAAUGCAAUACGAAGAGGCCUGCGAGCGGGUCUAUGGUGAGCCUUACGCAGACUGGAAGAAAAAGAAUCAAAAGAAAGCGAGCGAAGAUCAGCUGGCAGUCUUCGAGUCUGGCAAGGACCUCCACGCACGGACAGAGCCCAAGCUGCUGCCAGGAACAGAGGCGGCGCCGGGACAUUCCAACGUCUGUGGACAGGGCUGCGAUGCGCCAGCCGUGCCGGCUGCAGUGUCCGCCGCCGGCGCCACAGCCGCGAAGAUUGCGGUGCUGACUGCGUCGGACCGCGCGGCGGGCGGGGUCUAUGAGGAUAAGUCCGGACCUGCAGUGGUAGAGAUGCUGAAACUCUUCAGCGACCCUUGGAGUUAA